GAAGAAGACACAGAAGAAGGAAAGAGAAGUAAACAUGGCUGCUGCCUGCUCACCGUCGUCCUCUGGUGAACUCUUUCAGGUUAUGACGGAUCUUUACCAGUGUUUUACCAGCGGGUUCUGUCCAGAACCGAGCUGUCGGGAUGUCGCGGUUCAGAUUCUUUCCGGGUUGUGUGGACGGGUGCCGAGAGAAGACACGUGCAGCAGCUGGGAGCUGACCUCCAUCUGUGUGAGUCUGCUGAAGAAGCUCAGCUGUAGUCUGGUUCUCCAGAACCUGCCUGCAGAGUCCGCGGGCCUCUGGGAUGAGAUUCUGAGGGUUCUGCUUGAAGACCUAGAUCUGAUGUCUCAGCUGGUGCAGCUGCUGCAGGCGGAGGAUCAGCUGAUCUCACAUCUGGCUGCAAAGACCGUGUCCCUAUGUGUCCUCUACCGUUUCCGGAAGUCUGGGGAGGUGUGUCCCAUUUGGCAGGAGACGUGUGUCCAGGCGUUCUGCAGCUCCUGUCCUGUUGCAGAGUUGGACGCCUGUCUCUGGUCUCUGACAGAGGUCCUUAAAAAGCUUCUGAAAGGAUCCAACCCAGCGAUUGUUGGACGUCUGGUGUCUUCGUUUGACCUCAGCCUCAGGACUUUAUGUUCCAAGCUGCUCCCUGAAGCCUCCUCAUGUUGGGUGGGUUUUACCUUCAGGAGGUCCUGGGAAACAACGUUCUGCCUUCUGCUGGACCUGCUGGAGGUUCUGACUGCAUCCAGGUUGAUUGUUGGACCAGAGUUCUGCCAGAGACCACUUCAGGUCCGGUUCUCAGCCCUCCUGACAACCAUCAGCUGCUGCACGCAGGACUUUGUUAAAAACCGAACGCUGUUGUUUCUCAAGAGACUUCUACUCCAGAAGGUCGGAGACGACUGGUCUUUGGGAGGACCGAGGUCCGAGGACCUGAACUCGGACCUCAGGGUUCUGUCUCAGAGCGUGCUGGCAGCAGUGGCUGACGGGUGGUUGCAGACGGUUCAGGUAGAACCAGGCGGUUUCUUUGGAGGGACACGACCCGUCCGAGGAGACGAAGGUCCGAAACCAGACGGUGUGAUGUUCCGAGCUGUCAGCCUGGUCCUUCUCAAGUCCACAGAACUUCAGUUCCAAACACUGGAUGCUGCAGGAGUAGACAGUGUCUCUGAGGUCUGUGGGUAUGUCCACAGGUUGUGGGACUUCUUGAACCGGUUCAGCAGGUCUCUGAGAGUGGAUCACCUCUGCUGCUGGGUCCACCUGCUGUUUGAGGAACAGGACGAUGAUCUGAUGGAGGCUCUCAGGACAUGUCUGUCCUUGUUCCUUAUUUCCAGGCGCUGUUCGGGCCUGGAUGCAGACGAUGUCACCGAGCUGAAGCGGGCCUGUGAUUCUGGCUUCAACCCUCACUGCCACUUUGUCCUUCUGCUUCAGAGCUUCUCGUUUGACCACACCGUUCUGCUGGACUUCCUGAUCUCCUCUGAGACCUGCUUCCUGGAGUACUUUGUACGAUACCUGAAGUUCCUCAGAGGAUCUUGGCCGGGUUUUACUGCUGCGUGUGGAUCCAGAACCAGUGGAUCAGAACAUGUUCACUUGUUGGAAGAGUUGAGUUCAGGUGCACGGCUUCGCCUUGUAGAGUAUGAUAGUUCUGAUGAGUCUGGUUCAGAACCCGCUGAGGACUUUUCUGUAGGGGAAGAGCGUCCAGUUUCUGUCGAAGCAGCAUCCAAGAGUCCAUCAGAAUCAUCAAGACCUGCAGAACCGUCCUUACAGAGUCAACAGACCUGUCCAGGUGAGCAUCCUCUGCUGAGACAGGUAGGCAGUGAGACGAUGGACCGAGCCGUCCUCUGCCUGUGGGAUCUUCGGCAGGCGGUGACAAGGCUGCAGAAGAAGGAGCUCUUCCCGUACAACGCUUCAUCGCUGCUGAAGCUCCUGGCUCAGGUGGAGACGUCUUCCAGACGGUUCCGUCCAGUCGUUUAA